GCGGCCGUUCCGCGGGGAGCGCCGGCGGCACCUGAAUGCCGUUGCCAUGGCGCGCUGCGAGCCUGCGCUAUUGAGAUGGGAUCUCAUGGAUGGAAUUCCAUGGACGCAGCUGCUGUAUCAGCGCCCGGGCAAUGUGCUGCUCUGGUCAGAAGCAGCCCAUAAAUAGGUGGGCUCCUGCGCCGGCCGCAGAGCGGAACCGCACCGGAGAGGUCCCCGCAGCACUGCCUGGAGCGGGCUUUGGGGGAGCAUCAGCGUGUCUGAGUCGAGGUCCCAGCACCUGCUAACGCUUGCCUUGGAUUGAGGACGCUGGCACAAUGACCGAGCAGCAAAGUCCCCCCGAGCAGAUGGCGACCGGGGAGGGUGCUGGUGAGCGAGGUGGCACUUACAAGGUCAUCAUCUACGAGCUGGAGAACUUCCAGGGGAAGAAGUGUGAGCUGACGGAGGAGCUCCCCAACAUCGCUGAGAAGGAGCUGGAGAAGGUGGGCUCCAUCCAGGUGGAGUCUGGACCGUGGCUGGGCUUCGAGCGCCAAGCCUUCGCCGGGGAGCAGUUUGUGCUGGAGAAGGGGGAUUACCCGCGCUGGGACUCCUGGUCCAACAGCCACAACAGCGACAGCCUCAUGUCCAUCCGCCCCCUCCAGAUCGACAGCCCCGACCACAAGAUCCACCUCUUUGAGAAUGCGGGAUACACCGGGCGGAAGAUGGAGAUCGUGGAUGAUGACGUCCCCAGCCUCUGGGCCCACGGCUUCCAGGACCGUGUGGCCAGUGUCAGGGCCCUGAAUGGAACGUGGGUUGGCUACGAGUACCCCGGGUACCGGGGCCGGCAGCACGUCUUCGAGAAGGGCGAGUACCGGCACUGGAACGACUGGGACGCCAACCAGCCGCGCAUCCAGUCCGUGCGCCGCGUGCGGGACCAGCAGUGGCACCAGCGCGGCAGCUUCGAGGAGAGCUGAGGGCUGCAGCGCUGCCGGGGGGGCGAGGGGUCCCCGCGUGCUGCUGUGACCGUGGUGGAUGUUGUUGUGCAAAACCCUCAAUAAAGCGCUGAGCUGGAGGCUGCCGGGGCCCGCCUG